AAUCAAAUUUAACCAAUGUGCAAACAGGUAUCAUGUGUUACGGCUAAAACAUGUUCAAUUAUGCCCCGAUUCUUUCCCUCAUAUUAAAUAUGUAUUCUUGAUUGAGUCGCUCAAGAACCGAGCUUUGAUAUUCAAUGUUUAUUUACCCCUUUUCUGUAAUUAUUUAAUUGAAAAAACUCUUUUAUCAUUUCACUGAUUAAUAUAAAGCUCGUUUUAAAAGUGUCGUUUGCUGUAAAUCGUGAUCUGCUGCGCAAAUUUUGGUUCGUCGCUUUAAUGUAGUAGGUGUCAUUUGUGUUGAUCGCUCUCGGCGGGCUCGUUAUUUAAUUCAGUUUCGAUGACAUCUUUACCAUGUGCUAUAGUAAAAUAGGGAAUAGUGUGCAGUGAAUGUAUAAAUAGCCGAUCGGCCAGUCGUGUGUAAGGCAAAGUAUGCCUUGAACAUUGCUAUCAUCCGAUAUUUGUUGGUUUCUAGCUAGUCUUAUUUGUUGUGAUGUGAUGCCAAUCAAUCCUGUUGCGUUAUCCACGUGCUGUGAUUUCAUUAUCAUUCAAAUAAAUACUUUAACGAAAAAUGACCAUCUGCAUCCUGAAAAACGUAUGCAUAAUCUUAAGAACGUUGUAGCAUGUAUUGAGUACUUGAAGCAGAAAGAUGCGCUUAAGAAAAAUAUAGUAAAAUGCGACAUACCGCAGUGGCUUUGUUUGUCAUACUCUUGGCUGUCUUUGAAAUGAGGAUCGCAAAAUGUUUCAUUUCAUCAGUACUUUGCUCUCGAAUGCCCGGUCUAACCCAAAGUCAACGUAUAAUAUGUACUGAGUCAGCAGAUGCUGUGGUAUCGAUCGCAUCUGGACAGCUACUUGGAGCAAUUGAAUGCCAAAAACAGUUUCAUGGGCACCGCUGGAACUGCUCUCACGUGUGGAAGAAAGACAUGUUUGGUCAGAUUGUGGCUAUAGGUUCAAAGGAAGCCGCAUAUACAUACGGAAUAACCAGUGCUGGGGCGGUUUAUUCGAUAUUAUCUGCUUGUAGCCAAGGAAACAUAAGUACAUGUGGCUGUAAUAAGAAGCAAAAAACCUUUGUAUCCAGUGAUUCUGAUACAUGGAAAUGGGGAGGUUGUUCGGUAGAUAUAUUUUACGGUAUGAGUUUCGCUAGAAAAUUUCUCGAUGCUCGAGAAAUAGAAAACGAUAAUCGUAGCCUUAUGAACUUGCACAAUAAUCGUGUAGGACGAAAGACUGUUAAAGCUCUCUUACGGACGGAGUGCAAAUGUCACGGCGUAAGUGGAUCGUGCGCUAUGAAAACAUGCUGGAAGAGUCUGCCAUCUUUUCAGGCUAUCGGCAAUGCAAUGAUGAAGAAGUAUCGAAAGGCAAAAUUAGUACACACAAUUCCCUCUCAAGGAGCAAGUACGCUGUAUCUGUCACUGAAACGUAGGGGACCAAAUCUGCAAGAUGCUGUUAUAAAAAGAAGUCAAAAUCCAAAGAGAACGGAGUUAGUUUAUUUACAGCCGUCGCCAAACUAUUGUGAGCGUAACAUAAGUAUUGGCAUCUUGGGUACUGUGGGGCGAAGCUGUAAUCGUACCUCCAAAAACGUGGACAGAUGUGAUCUAUUGUGCUGCGGCCGGGGAUAUGAUACACAUCAAAACGUGCGCAGUUGGCAAUGUAACUGUAAAUUUAAAUGGUGCUGUACAGUGGCGUGCGACAUUUGUACAGAGCGAAAGGAAGAGUAUACCUGUAAAUAG